AUGGCUAUUCAUUUACCAACUGUAGACUCGAAAUUGUCUACUGACGAUUAUGAAGCUCAAAGGUCAAAGACUUACAAUGGGAAACUUCGUAAAUUAAUUUCUUUGGUGACUACAAUUUUAUUUGGUUCUUUAAUUGUGACUAACUAUAUUAGUUUUUCUAAUGUUAAUAAAAAUGAAAUUGAGGAUUUUUCAGCAAUAAGUAAAGGUUGUCCAAAGAUUGAACCUUUAAUCCCAACUUUUAAAAAAUCAAUUGGUAUUAUUUUAAAUGAUCCUUUAUAUAAAGCUUCAUCAAUUGAAAGAUUAUCUGGUGCUGUUCAAAUUUCAACAGAAGUUCAAGAUGUCAAUCCAGACCCUUUAAAAGAUCCUGAAUUUUAUUCAAACUUUGUUAUUUUGCAUACUUUCUUAGAAAAAACUUUUCCUUUAGUUCAUUCGAAAUUAACUUUAGAAAAAAUUAAUCAAUUUGGUUUAUUAUAUACUUGGGAAGGUGAAACCUCUGAUUUAAAACCAAUUUUGAUGAUGUCACAUCAAGAUGUUGUCCCAGUUAAUAAAGAAACUUGGGAUUCUUGGAAAUAUCCACCAUUUUCUGGUCAUUAUGAGCCUGAAACUGAUUUAAUUUGGGGUAGAGGUUCAAAUGAUUGUAAAAAUUUAAUGAUUGCUCAAUUAGAAGCAUUAGAAAAAUUAUUGGAAGAUGGAUUUAUACCAAAACGUACAAUUUUACUAUCAAUUGGUUUCGAUGAAGAAGCAAGUGGUAUUUGGGGUGCACGUUUCUUAAGUCCACACAUUCAUGAACGUUAUGGUGAUGACGGUGUAUUAAUUAUUUUAGAUGAAGGUGCAGGUAUUUUGGAAGUUGAUGAUAAUGUUUAUGUUGCCACACCAGUUAAUGGUGAAAAAGGUUAUGUUGAUGUUGAAAUUAAUAUUUCAGGUCAUGGUGGUCAUUCUUCUAUUCCACCACCACAUACUACUAUUGGUAUUGCAGCCGAAUUAAUUACUUUAUUAGAAAAUAAUCCUUUUGCUUCUGAAUUUAGAGUCGAUAAUCCAAUUUAUGGUGUUUUAACAUGUGCUGCUGAACAUUCAACUAAAUUACCAAAAUCUGUUAGAAAGAGUAUUAUUAACGCACCUUAUUGUAAAAAAGCAAGAGAAUAUGUUAAUGAAUUUUUAUCAAAACAACCUACUCUACGUGAUUUAGUUAGAUCUACUUUAGCUGUUGAUAUUAUUCAUGGAGGUGUUAAAGCAAAUGCUUUACCUGAAGAUACAAAGUUUUUGGUUAAUCAUAGAGUUAUCUUACAUUCAAGUGUUAAAGAAACUGUUCAAAAAGAUAUUGAAUACGCUUUGGAAAUUGCUGAUAAAUAUGAUUAUGGUGUUUCAGUUGAUGGUGUUGUAUUAAAGAAAACUACUAAGAAUGGAUCCAUCAAUUUAAGAACAAUUAAUCCAUUAGAACCAGCUCCAAUAUCACCUAAUGAAGGACCAGUAUGGGAUUUACUUGCAGGUACUAUUCAAGAUGUCUUUGAAAAUAAUGUCUUUAAGAAUACUGCAGAAGAAAAUAAAGAGAUUUAUGUUACAACAGGUUUAUUCUCUGGUAAUACCGAUACUAAAUAUUAUUGGAAUUUAACCAAGAACAUUUACAGAUUUGUUGGUUCUAUUAUGGAUCCAACUAUUAUGGAAACUGUUCAUUCUGUCAAUGAACAUAUUGACAUGGAAGGUCAUUUAUCUGCAAUUGCGUUUGUUUACGAGUUCAUUGUCAACGUCAGUGAACAUGGUUCUGAUCUUGAUUAG